GAUGUUUACGGGGACUCAAAACCACCCGUCCGGUAAAACCCUUUCUUUUCUUUCUCACAUCUUUUUUCUCUUUCUUUCUUUUAUUAUUAUUAUUAUUAUUCAUUUUUUGUGGGGCGCCGGAGAUCUAGAUCUAAGAAGUGGCUGCUAAAGUCGUAAGGGUAUGUGGUUGUCCUUUUCUUUAAUUGUUUUUUUAUUGGUUAUUUUUCGGUGUUCUGUUGUUCGGUUAGAGAGAUCCAAUCGGGGUUUCUAGUUGAUCGCCUGUUCAUGUGCGAGCUUCUUUUAUAAUUAGGUCUGAUGGGCUCUCUUUUUUUAUUCCUUCAACUCUGUCUUUGGAAGCAAAGCAAGUCUUUUUUUUAUACAAGUCUCGUCCUUUCUCUUCUGUCUAGCUAUUGGUGCUGGCGGUUGUUAGAGAUCUGGAAUUUCCAUCGUUUUUGAAGAGGAACGACUUGCUUGAGGCAGAUAUUGCUGUAAAAUGGCGAGAAGUGCCAGGGGCCGUUGCAGGCUUUCAUCUCGCCAGUUCAGAUGGACUCCAUAUCCUGUACCUUCACAUUGCUGGAAGAUUCCAGAAAAAGAAGGCAGCUCUAAGAAAACACCCUUGGCAUUGGAGAAAAGGGACUGGGAAGAUGCCACCUGCUCGGUGUGCAUGGAAUACCCACAUAAUGCUGUUCUUCUCCUCUGCUCAUCCCAUGACAAGGGUUGCCGCCCCUAUAUGUGUGGAACCAGCUACCGUCACUCUAACUGCCUAGAUCAGUUCAAGAAGGCAUACACUAGAGUGAAUCCCACUCAUGACGAGUCCACAGUGGACAACCAGGGCCUUGGUUUAGCUAUGUCUGGCUGGUCUGCAAGUCAGAAGUCUGAGGUGAUAGAGCUUGCAUGCCCCUUAUGCCGUGGACAGGUGAAGGGAUGGACUGUGGUAGAAGCUGCACGUGAAUAUCUCAAUAACAAGAAGAGAAGCUGCAUGCAGGAUAAUUGCUCAUUCAUGGGAACAUACAAAGAGCUCCACAAGCAUGUGAGGUCUGAGCACCCUUCUGCAAAGCCUCGCGAGGUAGAUCCUGUGCUUGAGCAGAAGUGGAGGACACUUGAGCUUGAGAGGGAGCGGCAAGAUGUGAUCAGUACAAUAAGGUCAUCAAUGCCAAGGGCAGUGGUGUUUGGAGACUAUGUGAUAGAUGUGAAUAACAGUGACCUCGAACCUAAUGAUGAAGCUGGCGGUGCAGAUGGGGAGUAUGGAGGGGGUCGUGACAUCAGUAGAAGUAUCCUUUAUUUUUUGUUGAGAGAGGGUACACGCCUAAUGAGACUCCACAGGGAAAAUGUGUUAUCAGAGGGCAGGGAGGAGGAUAGUGUUUAUGCUCCUUCCAUGAAUGGUGCUGCUGCAGAUAUUAUUGCUGCUUAUUCAUCAGAAGGCGAUGAUGUCAUUAGCCAUGGGAGAGGUGCUGGUACGCUGAGAUCUGAGAGGCGGCGGCGACGGCGCCGCCGCCGUAGAAGCCGUGAUAGAUCAGUGUUUGAUGUGAGCUGAAGCAGAAACCUAUAGUCCUCGGUUAUUAGGAAAAAGGAGGGGACACAAGCUGAUUUGCAAUAACUAGUUGCCAGAUAUCUGUGAAUUGGUUCAUUAAUUUACAGAUUUUGGAUCAUGUAACAGAUGAGUGAAAGGUUGUCUUUGUCUUAAGAGUUUGUGAAGAAAUAAGAUCAGUACAUGUCUCAUGUGUCUAUCGUAGUGUAUAUAGAUGCAGCUUCACAUGUUUCAUUGGUAACACAGAAUUAUUAGUUCAU